AUGUUCCGAACACGCGCCCUCGCACGAACAUUGAAGCCCUUAGGUGACCGAAUUUUGGUCAAGAGAGCUCCCAAGGAACUUCAGACAGCCAGUGGGAUUUACCUCCCUGCAGACAAGACCAAGGAUCCCAAUGAAGGAGAAGUAGUGGCGGCUGGACCCGGGGAACGUGAUGUGACCGGCACUCUUCAUGCAACAAGCCUCCAAUCAGGUGAUAAGGUUCUUCUUCCCGAAUACGGAGGAAGCAAGGUCACCAUUGAGGACCAAGAAUUGUUUCUCUUCCGAGAAUCGGAUAUUUUGGGAAAGUUUGAUUAA